AUGAUUCUAUUUCAGUUACCCGUUGAAUUAAUUCAAAAAGUUCUCAGUAAAUUGUCAAAUAAGGAAUUGCAGCAUUACUUUAACAUUGAAGGGUUAUUGGCAACAACCACAGACCAAAUAACCAACAGUUCCUAUUUGCCUAUAAGACUUAUCGCAUUAUCAGUUUACUUUUACAACAAAUCAGUUAUCAUCUCAAAUACUGUUGGCGAGCAUUAUAAACAUGUUCAAAAACAUAAUACUGAUAUUUAUGUUUCCCUAGAUCAUUUGCAAUCACUUUCCAUAAACAAUUUCAUCAUUAGACCAAGACAAAUUUUUAUCUAUAUUACUGAUGAUACCGAUCAAAAUUCAUGUGGUUGUCCACUAAAUCUUUCACAUAUAAGCUUUAUACAUAAACUAAGUCAAUUAUUACCUGUCAUGAUGAGUCAAUACUGUUAUCGCUCCGACACCAAAGUCAAUCUUUCCAUAAGUUUAUCCACCACUGAAGAUUUAAACUCUUUAUAUGACUUAUUGCAUACCAUUAAAACAUUUCAAAAGCUAUCGAUCAAAUAUACAGCUAAGGAAACUUUAGAUAUAGCCAGUGAACCACUCCAAGAUUUGCAGAUUGACACAUUGGAAUUGCAAUUCUUCAAUCAAUACAGGUUGAUUGACAAUUUACAAGCAAACAACAAUCAGCUUUUAAGUAUUAAUCACUUGCAGUUAAGUUACAACCUGAUAAGCAGCUUGUAUUUUUUCCCAUGUUAUUCCAAUUUAAAAUCAUUGAACUUAUCUAACAAUAACCUUGUUUGUAUAAACAACCAUAACUUUAAUUGGGGGAACCUAUAUAAUUUGGAAGUGCUAGAUUUGUCAAACAAUAACAUUAUUGAAAUAAAUUUAACCAACAGAAGAAACACCAGAAACUAUAAAUUGAGGUCACUAAAUUUGUCAACCAACAAUUUAAGAACGUUGCCAAAUUUCCAACAGUGCAAAUUCUUUGAAAAUUUGCAAGAUCUAAACUUGUCAAGAAACGCAAUAACACAGUUGUCUAUUAAAUCUUUCCCCAAUUAUUUGGAAACAUUGUGGCUUAAAGGUAAUUAUUUGUCGCAAUUGAUUGAUGAACUAAAUGGUGAAGUCUUUCCUAAAUUGUUGCAAUUUUUGGACUUAACGUAUUGUAAAAUUAUAUCUCUCGAUAGAGAUUAUCGAUACCAGGCUACAGUUAUCGAAAAAUUGAUCCUGGUUGAAAAACUAAACAAUUUAAAAGUGCUUCAGUUAGAAUUCUAA